AUGGAAGACAUGCUCAGGGCAUGUGCACUUGAGAUGAGUGGCAGUUGGGAUGAAAACUUAUCCCUAGUUGAGUUUGCUUAUAAUAACAGCUACCACGCAUCUAUUGAGAUGACUCCAUUCAAGGCUUUGUAUGGUAGGACAUGUUGUACUCCGCUAUACUGGGAUGAAGUCGGAGAGCGAUGCAUUUUGGGCCCUGAAUUGAUCCAGAAGACCUGCGAGAAAGUAGAUCUAAUAAAGGAGAAGAUCAAGGCUACACAGUCUAGGCAAAAGAGCUAUGUAGAUAGAAGAAGACAGCACAUACAGUUCAAGGCUGGAGAAAAAGCAUUCUUGAAGAUGUCUCCAAUUAAGGGUGGUGUCAGAUUUGGGAAGAGAGGGAAGUUGAAUCCCAGAUACAUUGGCCCAUUUGAGAUCAUAGCUAGAGUUGGUGCAGUGGCCUAUCAGCUAGCACUGGCCCCUUCACUUGCCGGUGUACACGAUGUAUUCCAUGUCUCUAUGUUAAGACAAUACAUCCCUGAUGCAUCCCAUCUGUUGCCUCAGCAACCAACCGACCUCAUUGCUAAUCUAUCUUAUGAAGAGGUCCCAGAAGAGAUUGUUGACAGAAGAGAACAUAAUCUGAGGAAUCAAACUAUCUCUUUUGUGAAAGUUUGGUGGAGCAACCACUCCGCUGCUGAAGCAUCUUGGGAAAGAGAAGACUUGGUGAAAGAGAGAUACCCAUAUCUCUUUAAUCUUCCAGGUUCCAACUCUCAGACUAUGGUAGCAUCGAUGCUAUGGGCUGCAUCGGUCAAGGACACAGUUGAGUUGCUCGACACACCUAUGGAGGACUCCGAGGAUCCUUCCCAAUUUACCCUUCUAGAGUCAGAGAACCCCUAUGAAACUACUGCCGUUUCUGUUGCGGGUUCUGUGGGGAUUACUCCUCCUCAGGAUGCUUCUCUUACUCCUAGAAGUGAGUCUUCUUUCCUUGUUGUGCACGACGCUGCGUCCACCUACGACGACUGCGCAUUCUUCUGA